AUGACAUCCUUGGAUGCAAUCAAAGAGUUGCUAAAUAUGGCAGAUGGUGUAGUGCUGGACGCGACUAAAAAUCCGAACAUCAAACAAAAUAGAAAGAAGAUGAUUGCUCGUGGAGUUGAGGAGUUUCAGGGUGCAGUGGUCAAGAUGCAGGAGUCCAAGGGAGCAGAAUGUGAUAAACUUUUGGCUGUGAGGGAGGCAAAGCCGAAAUUGCACAGGGCCACGACAAUGCUGAAGAAAAUAGACACACGUGCUAUGCAAUGCUUCUGUGGAUUCGGAUCCACAACAAUAUUCUGGCGGAUGACAAAAUCAGGAAGAGCUCAAGCGGAGGCGUGCGAAAUGCUGAAACUAGCAACUCAAGGGAUUGAAUCGCGCCUGGUGGCAAUGGACAAAAAUGAGGAAAUAAGGGAUGAAGAAGACGAGUGUUCAACGUCCACAACUAGCUCUGAGACGUCCGAGCGAGCACGUUCGGUUUAUGCAUCACAAGACGAGCAGGAUAUGAAUGUUUUGUCUUCUAGUGGAAGCAAUUACUCAACUCUGAGGGGCGUAUGCAAUCCGCCACGGCAGGCUAGUGUCCCUGUCUGUCGGGUGCCAAGUCCAGCCCAUCAGAAGAAGCAACAGCGCAGUGCGACAGACUAUUUUCGACGAAAUAGGUAUCGGGCGCAUGGUGCCUCAUUCUUGCGCCAAGUGCGCUCGCUCUGCCCGCUUUUCUGUACAGCUGCGAAAAGGCAGGGACUGCAGCACUUUGGAGAUAGAAGAGAUUUUAAUAUGGAGCCAUCUGUGCAUGCCACGAUCUACAAGAUAUUGGAUUUGGUGCCCCGGGCCAGGUAUUGCAGAUCAAUGGCACAGUUCUUGAAGGAUCAGAUUAGAAAAAUUCAGUAUCCCAAAGUUCUACAUGAGGCAGAGCUCUGGAGAAUUUUGCAGAAGUGCGACAGACUGGUUUCCAAACUUUCUAGCAGUAUGGAUCUCCAAGCUUUCACAAGUCUAUACCUGGUGGAGGAAGUGAAAGAAAUAAUGGAACGCCUGUGCUACAAUCUUCAUGACCACAUGCUUGCGUGUGGGCUUGAGGCUCCUACUGUUGUCACUACAAUACCCGCGGACAUUUUAUCUGAAGACAGGCAGUUUUUGGAUUUGCACUUAGCAUACUUGCUUGAUGUCGCUGUUGAUGGUUCUUCUAUCGGCGAGUCAUCUUUGCCUCUUGCCGAGCAUGUGGGAGAGUGGAGAAGCCUGAAAGAGACAAUUGGUGAUGCAAUCCACGGUUUAGUAGUGGCAGAUGACGAGAUUUUGUUCGCCGGGACACAAUUGGGAGACACCCAUAAGAAUACUGUGUGGGAAGGUGUUUUCAGAGGGCAGCCUGUUGCGGUAAAGAAAAGAAAGGAAAAAGACAACAAAGAUGUGUCCAUGGAAAACUUGGCGCAGUUUUAUUCAGAAGUGAUUUUGCAGGCUCGUAUUCAACACCCACACGUUGCCAAGAUCUUGGCAAUCACCAAGUAUGGAACUCUAGUCAUGCCCUUGGCCGAUGGCGAUUUAGAAUGGUGGUACAAGGAAGAGCAAGCUGGUAUUUGUCAUUCGAAGAUUGCUAUGCUGUAUCAAGCGGCACUAGGACUCCGUCAAGUGCACGACAAAAGCUUGGUUCACUGUGACAUCAAGCCUCGCAAUUUUCUUGUGUUUAAAAAUGUUGGUGAUGGGCAGCUUUCAGUUCAACUGUCCGAUUUCGGCAUAGCCACGAAACAACGGGAGAGUUGGAUGAAGACCACAUGUAGACCACAGCCGGGGACAACCAGGUACCUGGCCCCGGAGAUUGAUGACGGGAAAGCCCAUAGCGCUGCAAGCGACGUUUUUAGCUUCGGGCUUGUCAUCAAUGAGGUACUGGCCGGGUCUCUUCCUUAUCACAAUGGAUCGACGGAGGUCCAUAUAUGGAAGAUGAAGUCAAGGGGAAAAUCCCCUUGCUCUAUUCCCCGAAACUGCCCAGAGAAUCUACGGUCGCUGAUGCGGCAAUGCCGUUCUGAGGACCCUUCAAGCAGACCAUCGAUGGAAGAUGUGGUAAAUGUCUUGAAUGGCCUGAGGAACUAG